UGUCUUCGAAAACCUCAUAAUGCUCUUCAUGAUAUUACAUGAAUGAAAGAGUUUUGCUUCAUUCCAUCAUCAGACCGUUGGCCUCCUUUCAUAAGCAUGUCCAUGAACUUAAUAGUACAUAUCAAGGCACAAAUGGGCUCCUAUGGAAAUUCAAUUAGAACCUGAUAACCGUAAUAAAAACUGUCAAGCAGGGCCUAUAUUUAAGUGAUAAAGUUGUACAUCAGUGACUAUUUAUUCUUGGAGACAAAAGUUGUCUGAUUUUCCCAUGUAUUUUUUAAAUUUUUUUCACAUGAUUGGUGAACCACUAUAAACAUAGAUGCAUAUGGAAAAUAAAUAACCUUGUUCUUGCCGUUUUUGUACCACAAGCGAAGGAAUAAGUCUAAGUAAGGAAUAAAAAGUACAAAUCGUGUGGCAUCAGGAACAUGUGAUGUAUCAAGUAUCAGUUCUAACUGAAUAAAAGUUAGGAAAUAGAAAAUCAAAAUUCACUGAAUUUUUUUUCGUAUAAGCUUGUCCAUGUCAAGAGCGAAAUGCUAUCCAUUUACAACAUUUUACCUCCAAGUGACUAUACACAAAAUCACUAAUCAGUAUAUAUAAUUAUGUAAAUAAAUUAACGAUCACGUGCCAUUAAAAAGGGGUAGAGAGAUAAACUUAUUUCAUCUUUUUUCAUCACAAAAAUGCAUUUUAAAUAUGAAGCUGUGGUUUAGGGAAAAAAACGAGAAACAUCGCACUGUUAACAGCUUGAUCCUAUAGAGUUGAGGCUUGUUAUCUACAUACGCUGUUUCCUUUGAGCCUACAUUUAAACCGACCAGAGUAAUUAGUGCUGAACACCUCCAAGUCAUGUAGAUACCACGCAUUUCUGAGAUUUUCUUUUAUCUUUUCCAUUUUUUUUCGCCCAGUACGAGUCUGUUUGUUAAGGAUUACCAGGCUGACAAGCACCGGUCCCGUGUUUUUACUUGUUUUACAUUGAGUAUUGAAAUGCGUCGGCGUUGACGUAUACGUAGCAUUAUGACAAUCCCAUUGGUUCUUUUACUUCGAUUCUCUCAGACCACUUGACCACGACCUAAGGGUGACCUAUCCCUUCUUGGUGUGGGCUUCGGAUGAAAGGUUAGAUUGUACAAUUAUUUACAGUUCAGCUCAGCAAGGUUUGUCUUCUUUUCUUUGUGCUUUUCAAACUCCGUGGCAGGUGGAAAUUUAGAACGCUUCCAGGCACGCAGCGCUUAAGGCCGAGGCGGAGAAUCGGGUGUCUGUCCGCAUUAGUCGAUGAUCUGUCCGCUUAUCUGAGCGUGAUUGCAGCCAGCCAUACCUGGCGGACCCGGCGUAAGGACAACACACGAGGGAAGAGAACGCACGUAAAAAGUGGGACGUUUUAAAGAAGGCAGACCCAGAAAUGUAAUACCUUUAUUUCAAAAUUAACGCCAACAACAUGAGACGAGUGUUGAUUUGGAUCUGUGUUGCCUUUGUGAUAGCGCUGCUGAUAACAGAAUUAGAUGCAAGGAAAAACAAAACCCGGGGCCGUGGUAGAAAGCACAGAAGGAAGAACAGAAAAAGAGCAAACAAAACCGACCUGUCUGAAUUACAUAAUUCCGGGGUUGAACUAUUUAGUCUCCCUUUAAAUUUAACAGAAAUAAAUGAAAGCGAAAAGCCUAAAAGUCGCAGAAAAAAGAAGAAGAAGAAGAAGAAAGAGGACGAGGAUUUGCCACAGGGUGAUGACCCAAGAAGGGGAGACAUACCAAUAGCUCUUGCAUACUGGAACACCUCCACUUCUCCGUACGAAGGACAGUGUGACCGUCGUACAGCCUGUCAGUGCUACACACAACAAGGAAGGCCGGGAAUCCAGGGAGAGAAAGGUGAUAGAGGGGACAGGGGUUUGCCGGGUAUCCAAGGGGAAGACGGCACAGUCGGUCCCCUUGGACCCAGAGGCCUCGACGGUGAAAAGGGCGACGCUGGUGGGAAGGGAGAAAGGGGCUCACAAGGCGUGCCUGGUACACCCGGUUUACCCGGACCACCGGGCCUGGAAGGACAGCAGGGCCGGCAGGGAUUCCCGGGCAUCGCUGGACUUGAAGGACAAGAGGGCCCCAAGGGAUCCAAGGGAGACCCAGGGAGAAACGGUUACGAUGGCCUACCUGGGCCACAGGGACCAAAAGGAGACCGGGGAUUUGAUGGGCGCGAUGGAUUUAAAGGCUCUAAAGGUGAAUUAGGAGACCCGGGUUUGCGAGGACUUCCGGGAUGUGACGGAUUCAAUGGUACCAAAGGCGACAGAGGCGACAUUGGUCCUCCCGGCCCUUAUGGUGGUCCACGGGGGGAUCCAGGACAAAAGGGAGAGGAAGGGGUGCCUGGUCGUAGUAUUGUUGGACCACGAGGACAAAAGGGAGACCGUGGUGUGCCAGGCUUAGAUGGAUUUAACGGAGAGAAAGGCCAAAGAGGUGACACGGGCCUUACAGGAGACAUGGGACCUCCUGGAUUUGGAUAUAAAGGAAGUAUAGGCGACAAGGGAGACAAAGGGGACAGAGGAGAUACAGGUUUCCCAGGUCCGAGUGGCUAUACAGGACCCACAGGGGAAAAGGGGGACCGAGGGGCUGGGUAUCCAGGCGUAAAAGGAGACAUAGGUCCACCAGGUCUGAUGGGUUUCCCAGGUCCGGAAGGUCCUGCUGGUCCGCCUGGCCGGGACGGCAUCGGGAGACCGGGACAGAAGGGCGAAGAAGGUCGCCAAGGUUACAGUAUCACCGGACCCCCGGGACCACAGGGAGUUAAAGGGGAACAAGGUGACCAGGGUUUCAUUGGACCCCCUGGUUUCGAGGGCAGAAAAGGGGAGAGAGGUUUCGGGGAUAAAGGCGAAAAGGGCGAGGUGGGUCCUCGUGGAGACUACGGCCCCCCUGGUCCGAUUUCACCAGGUCCGAAAGGUGAACGGGGCGAACCUGGUGAGAUUGGAUUUCCCGGACCGCCUGGCCCUGAAGGUAUAAGAGGAUUUGAAGGUGGUCAGGGGUUCCCAGGUCCAGCGGGCCCAGUCGGUGCCAAGGGAGAAAAAGGUGAAGCAGUUCCUCUUUUCGGUCCGAAAGGAAAGAAAGGAGAACCGGGCUACGGCAACCCUGGUCCUAUGGGCCCAGGGGGUAACAUAGGGGUCCCUGGACCCCCGGGCCCUAUUGGACCACCAGGGUCCAUUGGAUUCCCUGGAAAUCGAGGAUUGGAUGGACCACCUGGACGCACGGGGCGCAUUGGAGCUCCAGGUCCCCCAGGCAACUCUGCCUUCAUCUAUGCGCGCCAUAGCCAGAAACGCGAUCGCAUCGUCUGCGCUCAAGGACACAGAUUACUCUGGGAAGGCUAUAGCUUACUACACACUGAAGACGACGGAAGAUCCCACGUACAGGAUCUAGGGCAAGCUGGGUCAUGCAUGCGGAAAUUCAGCCCAAUGCCUUUCAUGUUCUGUAAUAUCAAGAACCAGUGCAACUACGGCAAGAGGACGGCCACGAGUUAUUGGCUGUCCACAGACAUGCCCAUGCCAAUGGUGCCAGUGACGAUGGGAGAUGCCGAGCCGUAUAUAGGACGAUGUGGAGUCUGCCAAGCCUCGGGUCCGGUUAUAGCUCUUCACAGUCAAGACUCCGUCAUUCCCACCUGCCCUGAUGGGUGGAACGAGUUGUGGAUGGGAUAUAGUUUCGUAAUGCACGCCGUGGGUGCCAUGGGAGGCGGCCAGCAAUUGGCCAGUCCUGGUAGCUGUAUGGAGCACUUCCGGAUCAACCCAUACAUCGAAUGUAACAGCCGCGGAGAAUGCCACUUCUUCAGUGACAAGUACAGCUUUUGGUUGGUGUCAGUAAACGAAGAUGAAGUCAGGCGUACUUUUGACAAUAUGAAAGGGAAAAUAUUAAAAGCUGGCUCAUGGAUGACAAAAGUCAGCAGGUGCAUAGUAUGCGCAGUUGGCUAAUGACUGAGAUUAGUAUAUCCAUCACUUAAAAGUAAUGAAUUGAAGAAAAACACAAGUAGUGUUUGAAAUUCAGACUUUAAAAAAUUUCCCAGUAAAACUCUUUUUGAAACAUAAUAUAUAAAUAUAUAUGGGAGAUGCCGAUAUAGUAUUAAUCAUGAUCUUGAAGGUUACAUUUGAUUCUUAAAUUGUAAGUAACCAACUGAUUUUUUUAUUGAGUUAUUGGAUGAAUUUGCAUUGAUUUAUGAAUAUCAACUUAUGUGUGAUAUGUGCCGUGCAUCGUCAAUGCUCCAGACACUGCCAUUACUUAAUAUUUAGGCGUUAAGAGCUGAUCCAUUUUCAUUUGUUGAUAGUGAAUAAUCUGUAGUUAUCUGUGAAAACUUGUUUGUUUUUCUCAUGUUAUCCUUAGUAUCUACAUGUAUGUUAUCUUUUUGUACCAGCGAUUCGAACGGUAAAUGUAUUUUUAUGACAGCCUUACUGCAGUUGGCGAAUAUUUUUUAAAGGUGAUUGUCUUGAGGUUGAUUUAAUAUUUACUGUGAAAUAUAACAAAAAUAAUUGCAAUGCAGGAAGGGAAAUUAUUAUUAUUAUAUAAAGUAUUAUGGCAUUUAGAAGUAGCAGUAUUCUACAAGUGAAAAAUCUUGAUGUAACAACUGUGAGAUCGCGGUGACGAGCGUGGGAGUAACCUUGAAAAAAUUGCGCAAAACCCCGUUUGGGCGGAACGGAUGUGAUGGAUUGUAAAUGCAACUGUACAUACCAGACUACAUGUCAUCGAAGGUGGCAUGAGGAACACCGCUAACAUUGGCCUGUCCAUAUUCAAGUAUAGGGAAAGGAGGUGGCGAGUUCAAAUUACCAAUAUUCCUUACCUUGUGCUAGUUUUCUUAGGCUUUUCUCCCAAACUGGGGUAGACAGGCCUCCCUGGUGUCACGUGACAGAGAGUCCCCCAUAAUAGGGACUCUGCUUCCCAUUCAUUUGUACAGGUAAUCCUCGCCCUAGAUUAUGGCCUUCUUAGGUCAGGCUAGCUCUAACCAUUAUAAUUAUAAUUAAUGGGCGGACUUUCUAUUACACGAUCCCUCAGUUACACCGGUUAUGAGCAUUACCACUGUUUCCACACGAAUUAGGCGAAUUCACCUCGUGAGCUUGCUUGGUGGUCACGAUAACCUAACAACCUAAGAGUUGACUAAAGAGUUGACGAGGGAUUUGAGAAAAGUACUCUUCUUAGCGUUUUCCACACCCACCUUGCCUGGCGACAACCAUUGACUAUUCACUCUUGAAAGAGAGUCUCCAAAUUAAAGAGACGACGAGUAUCAGCUUCUUCAUUUUUACUUAUUCAUAUAUGCCCGCUUGUCUUUUUUUUAAGUGAAAUAAAAUUUCCGUUGGUAUGGAAACUGGACAUAAAGUAAUUUCAUCGUUACUCCCCCCUUAUCGUUACUUCCCUGAAUCGUUAAUCCUCCACCCCAUAUAGUAUAAUUAUGGUAUUACCAGCAUAUAUAAGCCCCCACCUCACCCGAAAUGAUAUAGGUAAUGUUGCUAGGAGAAAAACGUUGUGCAGCACUCUGUAAUACUCUAUACUGUCUGUUUCUGUUUUGUGCUCACUAUUUUCAUCUUUAUGCUAUUCAGGCUGCAGUAGUUUGUUGUUCAAUUAAAAUUUUUCAAUCGGUUAUCCUUGGUGUAAAAUCUGGGCGUUAACCAUUAUCUUUUAUCUUGUAUUUG